CAGCAAGCAUGAGGGUAUUUCAAUCGGAUGAAGCUGGACUCAAAUAGCCUUUUCACAUUCAGAGGGAAGAAGCAAUCAGAAGACUUCCAGGAACACCAUUUAGCACUGUUAAGACACUGGAAAGGGAUACGUCACCACCUCCAGGAACCUGAAAAUGAAUGACAACAACAAGUUGGCUCCUCCAGUCUCAGGCCAAGGUCCCACCACUCCACGCAAGGCACCCCCUAAAUUUAAGCAGAGACAAACUCGACAAUUCAAGAGCAAGCCUCCUAAGAAAGGUGUAAAAGGGUUUGGAGAUGACAUCCCAGGCAUGGAGGGUCUUGGAACAGAUAUUACGGUCAUUUGUCCCUGGGAAGCCUUCAGUCACCUGGAAUUACAUGAGCUGGCCCAAUUUGGCAUCAUCUAAGAGAAGAAAGUAGCUGUCAACCAUCCCCAACAUUUCUUGUACCUAGAAUGAUUGUGUGACCUUGCC